UUAUCGUUUACCACGCUAAAACAUCAGUUUCCCGCCAGAAAAUUGCACACAGUAAUGCAUUGAACCUUCGGUAUUACCGUGCAUUUAAGUUAUUCCUAAAUGUGAAUGUGAAAAGACUUCCUGAUUCUCUCCGUGGUUAGAUUCAAAACGUUUGUGUGUGGGAUAUAAAUAAUUUUUUAUCUAUCCCUAUCCUGUUUACAAAUCAACAGAAACCUUAGCGAAAGGGAGGUUAUAAACUGAAAGAAAUGGAAAACGAUAGUCCGUCAUCGUCGUCACGCUCCCGCCGCGAGAAGAAAGAUAAAUUCGGUCGCUUAGCUGCUCUGCAAAAGCUCAAAAAUCUCAGAGGUUCAAAACACAAAUAUGAAGUUGAAGAAAUCGAUAACGUCUACGAUUUGGUAGACGAUAAAAAUUUCGCAAAAACCGUGGUGGAACGUCAGCAGGACGAUUGGAUCGUUGACGACGGUGGUGGUGCUGGUGGUUACGUUGAGGACGGUCGGGAGAUAUUCGACGAUGACCUGGACGACGAAAGUAUCCAGAAAGCUACGAAGAGUUCUCUAUCAGGACCCAAAAAACGCAAGCACAAUGAAACUAAGACUAAAGGGAGCAUUCUCAACAUGCUCCAGAACAUGUCCUCUAAAAAAACCGAAGCUAAGGGCAACAACGACGACGACAUUCUGGGUUCCAUGCUGAAAGAGCUAGAAAACAAAAAGCCCUCAACGCCAAAAUCCUCUUCUAACAGAUUUGCUGCACCGAAAACCAACCCCAAGACAAAAAUCAGAGAGAAAACGACAUCUGAAGAGGAGGAGGACGCUAUCAUUGAUUUCCCUACGUCUAGGAAAACCCAGAGACUCGAAGAAUCCCAGAGUACAGUCUCACAAGCCCUCAGGGAAGAAAUCAAAACUGAAAGUACUUCACCAAGACUCAAAAAUGGAAAUCCUAAAGAAGGAAAAUACCCAGAGAAAGAAUCCUCUCCCGUUUCUGACUCCAAGGAUCUGAACCCAUUACAGCCAGAGUCAGAAGCCCUCACGUCCCAAGCAACUGACGAAUUAUACUCCCAAUACACUGCGGAAUUCCCCGAAGAUGAUUUCGAGUGCCCCGAUGUAUCCCUCAUGCCCUCAGCAACCAUUCCCUCGACACAACUCCUACAAUCCACCGAAAGCUCCCAGAAAGCAAAGAUGGAUAUCACAGAUGACGAGGACAUAGACAAUCUUCUGAGCAAUAUGGAGAUGCUGGAUCACUGGAACUUGGAGGCCGAUAAGCUUCCGCACACAGCUAUCCAAGACCCAUCAGGAAAGAUUUCAGAGGAUUUGUCAAAAGUGGUAACAACAAACUCCUCAGGAGACUCGAUUCUCAAAUUUUUCUGGUUGGAUGCCUCUGAAGAUCCGUAUCGUCAGCCAGGGGUAGUCCACCUCUUUGGUAAAGUCCACUUGGAGUCAAGCAACACUUACGUUUCCUGCUGUGUCACAGUCAAGAAUAUUCCCCGGAGGAUCUACGUCCUUCCCAGGGAGACACUCAGCAGUGGUGAACCAAACUCGAUGAUGAAUGUCUACACGGAGUUCAACGACUAUGCGACUCGCCAGAGAAUCUCGGAAUUUCGCACGCAAACGGUAAAGAAAAAUUAUGCAUUCGAGAUCGAGGGGAUUCCAGUAGAGUCUGACUAUUUGGAGGUGCGUUACCCCGCGUCAUAUUCACCGAUUCCAUCCGACUAUACUGGGAAAACUAUUGAGCACAUUUUUGGCAGCUCUGUAAAUGCUUUGGAGCUGUUGUUGAUCGAGAGAGACAUCAAGGGCCCCUGUUGGCUGGAAAUAAAGAAUCCCAUUGUUGUGGAGGGCCUUGCGACCUGGUGCAAGCUCCAGGUAAACUGCCUUAAGAUGGAGAAUAUAUCUGUUCACAAGGAUGAUGAUGGACGGAAGCUAUCAAUCCCCCCGAUGACAGUCACGACGCUCAACAUCAGAACUUCUUUGAAUGCUAAAGAACAGACGAAUGAAAUAGCCAUGAUUUCCGUUCUGAGUCAUGACGACUUUCAAAUCGACAAGGCAGCCCCGAAGCCUGCUUUCCAGCAACAUUACUGCUUUAUAACACAUCCAAAGAGUACUCCUUGGCCACUGUAUGCAGUGGACAAGCUUAAAAAAUGCCAGAGUACGCAUGUCAUUGUCUGUGAGAGCGAGUCCGAAUUGCUGGAAAAAUUUCUAGAUAAAAUUCAGGGAAUCGACCCAGAUAUCCUCAUAGGCUAUGACUGUGGCUUUCAAUUCGACGUCCUCACACGAAGACUGGUAACUCUGAAGGUGAAAAAUCCCAGUAGAACCAGCAAACUUAAGAGGAAUCUUCUGCCUUUCCUCAAAGGAAAGAUAAUGCUUCAACAGAUAUUUUGUGGUCGUCCAAUUUGCGAUCUCCAGAUUUGCGCCAAGGAAGUCAAUCUCAAGGUUCGUAACUACAAUCUGGAUACCCUCUGCUCGACAGUGCUCAACACCAAGGAGAAUUUCAUAAAGGAGAUUAAACCCAGUAACUGUCCUCAGUUCUACUCGUCCCCGGAAAAAAUCUUGGGGCUCGUUAAAAUCGUGAUGACAGAAAUCUCGUACAUCCUGAACCUCAUCUGCGAAAUGAAUAUAAUACCGCUGGCAUUACAGAUAACGUCGAUCGCUGGUAAUGUUCUCUCAAGGACCUUAUCCGCCGGAAGGGCGGAAAGGAAUGAAUUUCUCCUACUGCAUGCGUUCUUCAAAAAGGGCUACAUCACUCCCGAUAAGAGAGCGUUCAACAAGAAGAAUGAGGAUAGCACGAAGAAGAAGGCUGCCUACGCGGGGGGACUAGUCCUCGAGCCGAAGAAGGGUUUCUACGACAACCUCAUUCUCCUCAUGGAUUUCAAUUCUCUCUAUCCCAGCAUUAUUCAGGAGUACAAUUUGUGUUUCACGACUAUUCCCGGGGUUUGCUACACCGAAUUAACAGAUGCUGAUCUCCCUGGGCGAGACGUUCAGACCGGAGUGAUACCCACAGAAAUCAGAAAACUCGUGGAGAGUCGCAGUGAAGUGAAAAAACUCAUGAAAACCCCUAACUUAUCGCCUGAGCUGAAGCUUCAGUACAAUAUCAGACAACUUGCCCUGAAGCUGACUGCCAAUUCGAUGUACGGAUGCCUUGGAGCGGCUCACUGUCGAUUUUACGCUAAACAUCUUGCUGCUUUGGUGACAGCCAAAGGCCGGGAGAUCCUUCAGAAUACGAAGAUUCUGGUAGAAAAGCUCAAUUAUGACGUUGUCUAUGGGGACACCGACUCUAUAAUGAUUAAAAGCAAUAUUUCGAAUUAUGAUGAGGCAUUUGGAGUCGCUAAGAAAAUCAAGCAGGAGGUGAAUAAAGCGUACAAGAAGAUUGAAUUGGAUAUUGAUGGGGUAUUCAGGUAUAUGCUACUGUUGAAUAAGAAGAAAUAUGCUGCGGUAUUGAUGAGCAAGACCACAAGUGGCAAGCUGGAGUACCAGACUGAAUUGAAGGGCUUGGACAUUGUGAGGAGGGACUGGUGUCAGCUGGCUUGCGAGGUCGGAAAACAUGUAAUUGAUCAAAUAUUUACGGAGUUGAGUAUUGAAGAGAAGACCGCCAAGGUUCGAGAGUAUCUCGAGAAGAUUGCCGCCAACUUGAGAAACCAAAGCAUCCCCUUGUCAUCCCUAGUAAUAACCAAACAACUGUCAAAAGACCCAAAAGACUAUCCUCAGAAGAAUCAGCCUCAUGUGGCCGUAGCCCUGAGACUGAACAAACAGGGCGGAAGAAUGUGGAAGGCAGGUGACACUGUGCCCUACAUUAUCUGUCUGGACGGUACAAGCCACUCGCCAAUUGAAAGGGCAUACCACAUUGACGAAUACAAGAAGAGUGAAAACUUAACCCUGGACAUCGACUACUACAUCAUGAAUCAGAUAAUCGCUGUUCUCCAACGAAUCUGCACACCAAUUCCAGAAUUGGACGGGGGAUUUUUGGCAGAGUGUCUCGGAGUCGCUGAUAAAUACAAGCCCGUAGUGAGUUCCUCGUUGUAUGGAGGAGAGCAGUCAAAUAGUAUCACCACUUACACCCCUAAAGUUUCGAGGUUUGAGAAGUGCGAGCCUUUUGUCUUUAAGUGUAAAGACUGUGGGACUGAAAAUGAAAUUAAAAAGUUUAUGAAAACAGUGGGUAGGAGAGAGGUGCCUGCUCUGGUCGCCUGUACCUUGGAAACUUGUAAAUCUCCUCCCUGGAGACACGUUAAAGCUGUGCAGAAUUAUCUGCAGAUGGAGAUCAGAAGAUUUGUGAACAAGUAUUACCAACAGGAGCUUCAAUGUGACAAUUCAGAGUGCAAUUAUACUGGGGAUGCUUUGCAGCUGGGGUGCUCUGAUGAAGUCACGAACAGACCCAUCUGCCCCAUGUGUUUUGAGGGGGAGUUGGUCAGGGAGGUUACUGAGACCAUGCUAUACGAGCAGUUUAAUUUCUACAUGGAUUGUUUCGACUUUGCAAGGCAUGGGAAAGACCUGGAAACACCUGUCACGCCUGAAGUCAUUGCUGCAUAUGACAGGCUAAAGCAGUUUGUGGAGAAGUACCUCAGGAAGAAUGCAUAUUCUAUUGUCGAUCUCAAUAAAGUCUUCCUGUGCAUCCGGCAGGGUCAUCAGGGGAAGGACGUCAAGAAGAAGAGUUAGAGUUGCUGGUAUUGGGGGUAUGGUGAGGUUUUUCGUAAUUAACGUUAUUAUUAUUAUUAUUAUUAUUAUUAUUGCUAUCGAAAAAUUAGAGAUCUCAAUUAUAUUUUCCUGAGCAUUAGACCGGGUAAAAUUGUGAAGAUUAGGGGAAUACGCAUUUUUAUCCAAAGCAGGAAUAAUAAAUAUUGGAGGAGGGGAUCUUCCGUGAUUGUUCUAUAUUCGUAAUAAAGCCGAUUUUUUAUAAA